GAUUCUUUGUCACGUAAGAGGAAACUAUCCAAGGAGCUGUAACCUGCCUUCUGUGUUUCAGGAAAUAUCAAUAGUAUAAAUUCAGAUUUUUCUUCGAUUUUAAUUUUCUGGUAGGAAACAUUAUGGCUCUGGUGGAAGUCAGCGGGUUGAAACCUUUUUCUGAACCCAUCGGGCAGAUUUUCGGCCGCAGACAGACGCACCUGGUUGACCGAACCAAUCACUACAGUUUUGGAACCAAGAUUCAGGAAUUUGCUGUUCCUGUAGGAGAAGAGCCCUCAGGCUUCCUGCAGUCCUGUAACAGUGAGGGAGGGGUGAGUAUUGACCUGAACCAUGGCACCACCACCCUGGCCUUCAAGUUUAGGCAUGGAGUCAUCGUGGCUGUGGACUCCAGGGCCUCAGCUGGACGCUACCUGG